AUUUAUUCCGCUUUGUUUAGCUACGGAAGGAAGCAGGUAGUUCCUAGCCAGCUAAACGCGUUAUACUAAUGUUUUUACAGGUAGUUUCUGGUGACAUUUUAGUAAUUUACUGAUGAUUUUAGGACAUUAUUUUCAUUUCAGUGUCAGUAUUUUGCGACCAGGCUUUAUUUUGAAAAUUCGUCCGAUGACGAGGAUAUGUUUUUAGCCGACAAGCUAACCUAGCUAUGGAUGAGUGACUGCUGUCCGGGAUGGCUCACAGUGCCAGGAGAGAUUGCCCGGAGCUCCCUGACUUCUCUCUGCUCAAGAGGCUGGCCAGAGAUCAGCUCAUCUACCUGCUGGAACAGCUCCCGGGGAAGAAAGACCUCUUUAUCGAGGCGGACUUGAUGAGCCCGCUGGAUCGUAUCGCUAACGUCUCAACACUAAAGCAACAUGAAGUUGACAAACUGUACAAAGUGGAAUACAAACCUAUUAUCAGCACUUCAGAUCAGCUCUGUUUUCUGAUCCGGCCAAGAAUACAAACUGUGAAAUGGAUAUGUGAUGUGGCCAAUGCAGACAAGGCAGCAGGGAAGUUUAGAAGAUACAAGAUCAUCUUCACCCCUCAGAAGUUCUACGCGUGUGAGGCGGUGCUGGAGGAGCAGGGCAUCUUUGGUGAUGUGACCACUGAUGAGUGGGCCUUCUACCUUCUCCCACUCGACGAUGACAUCAUCAGUCUGGAGCUGCCAGAGUUCUUCAAAGACAACUUCCUGGCGGGGGACCAGCGGUGGGUCAGGACAGCCGGCAGCGCUCUGCACCUCCUUCACUCCCUCUACGGUCCGUUCUCAAAGAUCUACGGGAUUGGACGAUGUUCCAAGAUGGCGUACGAGUCCUGGAGGGAGCAGGUCGAAGAAGGAGAGCAAAGAACUCGUCAAGCUGAGAUAGGAAAGGUUUUUCUCAUCGACAGAGAUGUGGACUUCGUCACUCCUCUGUGCUCACAGGUCGUCUAUGAAGGACUCGUGGAUGAUAUAUUUAGAAUUAAAUGUGGAUGUGUGGAGUUCGGACCUGAUGUUACCUCCUCCGACAAAAGUAUCAAAGUGAUGCUGAACUCUCAGGAUAAGGUCUUCAACGAAAUCAGAAACGAGCAUUUCUCCAAUGUCUUCGGCUUCCUCAGUCAGAAAGCCAGGAACCUCCAGACUGCAUACGAUAAGCGUCGGGGGAUGGACAUAAAGCAGAUGAAGACGUUCGUGUCCGAGGAGCUGAAAGGGUUGAAACAGGAACAUCGGCUUCUUAGCCUGCACAUCGGCGCCAGUGAAUCGAUUAUGAAGAAGAAAACGAAGCAGGAUUUUCAGGAGCUGUUAAAGACUGAACACGCUUUACUUGAAGGAUUUGAAAUGCGUGAAUCCAUUUCUUUCAUAGAGGAGCACAUCAACAGACAGGUCUCCAUGAUAGAAAGUCUGAGGAUGCUUUGUCUUCUGUCCAUCACGGAAAACGGACUCCUGCCAAAAGAUUACCGGUCAUUAAAAGCUCAGUAUCUACAGAGUUAUGGAGUCGACCACCUGCUCACAUUUUCCAACCUGAGGCAGCUGGGGCUGCUGGUGGAGCAGCCGCCGGGGGAAACACUGACUGUGAUGGAGAGCAAAGUGGGAAAACUGGUCAACGACAAAACUGCAGGAAAGCUGACUGACGCCUUCUCUUCUCUUGCAAAGAAGAGUCAUUUCAGAGCCCUGAGCAGAAAACUCAACCUGGUACCAAAGUCAGAUGAAGAAUACGACCUGCGUGUCCCACGAGACAUGGCGUACAUCUUCAGCGGUGCCUACGUGCCUCUGAGCUGCAGACUCAUCGAGCAGGUGUUGGAGCGAGACGGUUGGACGGGGCUUGAAGAAGUCACCAGGCUGCUAAAUGGACAUGAAUUUGCUGUUUCAGGCAGCAACGGUGCAGAUUCAAGAGGGAAGAACGACGCUCAGCGCAUCAUCGUCGUCAUGUUCCUCGGCGGCUGCACCUUCUCUGAGAUUUCAGCGCUACGUUUCCUCGGCAGAGAGAGAGGUUAUAAAUUCAUCGUGGUUACAACUGCGAUUACAAACAGUUCAAGACUCCUGGAGGCUUUACUGGGGAACCAGGUAUGAAGCCUUGAGGACAUGAUGGACAGAAACUGAGACAUUCCUGCAGACACUGGUCGCUGCUCUCCCUCCUGCAGCCUCCGGCAUUACAGCUGGAAUCUGCUCACUAAAGGUGUCUGACGACGAAACAACUGCAAACAUGUAUAAAGUGAAUAAAUUUGUUUUUAACACGUU